AUGGCGUACAGUGUUGCGCAUACAAUUCAGGCGCAUGCCGGUGCAGUCCAUGUAGCGCGAUUCAAUGCGACAGGGCGGUAUUUACUCACAGGGGGAUCUGACCAGCAAAUCCAUCUAUGGAAUGCGAAAACAGGUGUGGGCCCUCAGGACGAAUUGGACAGCAAAGGCCGUUCGACCUGCAUUCAGCGCUACUCUGGCCAUUCGUACGAAGUGUUGUGCCUGGAUGUGGCGCCGGAUAGUACGCGGUUUGCCAGUGGCGGCCCUGACCGUGCUGUGAUGGUAUGGGAUGUAGCGUCAGGUCAGACGCUGCGCCGAUUCAACGCACAUACAGGCCGGAUUCAUGACGUCAAAUUCGCAGGAGCACGAGACGAAGGCUCUUUAUUGUAUGCGGCAGGGAGCGAUACGAUUUUGCGUGCCUAUGAUCUACGAGCAGCGGGAGCAUGGCGUCCCAUCUUUGAAGCGACCGAGGCGACCGAUGCGAUAUUGGCAUUGGCAUUGACACCGGGCAGUGUACAUACCGCGUCGGUGGAUGGCAAGCUGCGGACGUACGAUGUGCGCAUGGGCGAGUUACGAACAGAUACGCUCGAUGAGCCGAUUACGUCGCUGUGCCCCACGCAAGACGGCGCUGCAAUGCUUGUGUCGAUGCUCUCCUCGACGCAUCGGCUGAUGGAUCUGACCGACGGAACCCAGCUCCAGCAGUUUCAAGGACAUACGCAAACGUCGUUCCGAUGCCAUGCGACGCUUUCGACAGAUGAAGCGCUCGUGCUCGGUGGGGAUGAGACGGGUGCACUGUAUGCGUGGGAUACCUUGUCGGGGCGCAAGAAAUGGGAGGGCCGUCCCGACUACCGAGGGAGUCCCUGA